AUGCAGCCAAACGCCGGCUACACCUACAACGCGCCUCCCGGGGGUAUGUACGCAGGCCCCGGCGCAGCGUCCACCGGAAUGCUCGGGUAUCGCGGCAACUUCGCUCCUGGCGACCAAGUCAGUUCAGGCUUUCCUGCUACACAAGGCAUGUACGGCGGCGAUCCUGCGCAUGCGCACGUGGCAGGCAUGACGCAAACAUACGCCCGAUCGGCAGGUCCCCAGUCGGGCUUCUCUGGCGGGAUGGAGCCUACGACGCCUGCGCCGUCGGUGUCGUCGACGUAUCCGGUGACGUCUGGUCUCGGCUUCACUCUCAAAGACUUCUGCCGCGUCAUGCGCGACCGGGAAAAACUCGGCCUCUGGCUCUCAACCCACCGAGGGUCUCUCCAGGCGUGGACAGGCUUCGUCGUCGUGGUGCUAAUCGUGUACCACCUGUUCAGCGACGGAGACUUCAGUUUCCUGAUGACGCUCAGUUCUCUGAUUUCCAUGUUUUCCUUCCUCAUGGUUGUUCUCAAGAUCGAGGCAAACAAGAGCGUGGCAGGCGUUUCCCUGAAGAUGAUUGAGUGUUACGUCGUCCUCAUCUUUGCGCGUCUCUGCUCAAUCAUCCCCUUUGAAGGAUAUCUGCCCUACGAUCGAAGCGGAGACUGGUUGUAUCAAACUGUCGAGGCUCUCUCCUUCCUUCUCGCGGGUACCACAGUGUACCUGUGUCGCAGUCGAUACGCAAACACGUAUGACUCGAGUGGAGAUACACUCAACCACCUCUUCCUCAUCGUCCCCGCCGCUGUCCUCGCUCUUCUCUUCCACCCUUCACUCAACGCGUUCAUGCCUGCCGACUUCGCGUGGACCUUCGCGCUGUAUCUGGAGGCGGUCGCCGUUCUGCCGCAGCUGUUUAUGUUUCAAAAACAGGGCAAAGUCGAGCCUUUCACCACCCACUUCCUUGCUGCUCAGGCUCUCUCUCAGGUUUUCUCUUUCGUCUUCUGGGUGUCGUCGUAUUCCGAACUUAACGGCCCUCAGAAUACGCUCAAGUCCUAUGUGGGUCACUGGGUUAUCGGAAUGCAAGUGAUGCAGCUGAUCGUCAUGGGAGAUUUUAUAUAUCAUUACAUUCGAUGCUUGACGAGUGGAGUUCCCGUUCAGUACAUGCUAAGCGAGAAUGUGUAG